AUAGUUGUAAACUUCAGAGCAGCAACAAGGAAAUGAGAAGGUGUAAAUGCAGUCAGUAAAUUCCAGUAAUAUCUCAUUUACUCUGUGACUUGGUUUAUCUCACACCCUCCUAUUCAUGUCUUACAAGGGAUUCUUUGGAAGUGUAUAUGCUUUCCCUACUGAAUUUCCCCUUUUAGAGAAUGAAACUGGAUCUACAACAAAGCAACAAGUCGGCACAACAUUUCUGUUCGAUACAAGUGACGUCUGAAAAUGGAGCCCUCUGUAUCAUUAAUCCUCUAUUUCUGCAUGAACACGGAGACAAUUGGCUUACACAUAAUUCACAAACCCAAGAAAAAGAGAAAAGAAAGAGUGUACUGUGGAGGCUUGAGCAGGAACAUGGAGAUACUAGAAUUGGACCUGCUCCGGAAGAUAUACAUGGCACUGAUGUUUGCAGCCCAGACAAACCACCAGACAUUUGUGAAGAAUUAUGUACGGAGGAUCCUAAUGUUUUAAUUAAUUACAAUCAACACUUAAACGAUUGCUGCAAGGCUCAAGAAACUACAGAUUCAAAACCCAGUACUCCAAAGCUGCACAGAAAAUCUGUAAUACAUGUACAUACUGAAAAAAGAAGAGAAAGCAUGAUAGAAUUAAAUGAAACACAAACUUUGGGUAAUAAUUUUAAUCAUGGGAACACAACACUAAGGUUGUCAAAGGAAAAGAAAAGUGCUCAGUCUCCACACAGAGUGUCCUGGAUGGAAGAGGAGCAUGUUUUGAAAGCCGUUUUGAAAAAAACAAAUUCAGACACUUCCCAACGUUCCUCUGACAGUUUCCUUCUCCCUCCUCUGCCGGAGUUGGAUUCCGUAUCCAUAAGUAGUGUUGAAGAAGAUGGAGAGGGCAACUCCUUAAGGCCAAAGAGACAUCAGUCACAUGGACUUGGAGAUAUAGUCCGACAUAGUCUACUAGCAGUUAGCACUGCACUAACUGGGCUUGUUUCCCCAGAGAAACACCUGGGAAAUAGAAUAAAACAACUGGUAGAAGACACAUCAUCUUACCUGGGUGAAACCUUUCAAACAUUCAUGGUCCAACUACAAAAACGGUCUGUUGUGUACCAUUCGUCUACAGAGAUGCUACAGGCUAUACGUCAACUGCUUACCAAUUUGAUGAACUAUCUGCUGGAGAGCAAUGAAACUUUGGAAAUUCUGGAACGUCAAGAGAUUGAAGAAUUCAAAAUUGCCUCUGUUAUUGAAUCCUCUCUGUACAAGUGUGUACUAAAACCCCUCCAAAGCACAAUUUAUUCUCAACUUCUGGAGUUGCACAACAGAGAUGGCUCUAUGGAGAUAUUGCUGGAAAAUCAAAAGAGGAUGAAUACAUGGAGCCUUAGUGAGCAGCAGCCAAAAGCUGGAAUUCCUGGGCUUGCCACCAUGGAAAAGAUCAAGCAGAAACUGGCACUCAUGCACAAAGCUUAUUCCCCAGAAAAGAAAAUACGCCACUUGCUGAAAGUCUGCAAACAUAUUUAUGAAUCAAUGGAAGCAUCCAGUGGGAAGAAAGAGGCUUUUGGUGCAGAUGACUUCUUACCAGUUCUGAUUAAUGUGCUGCUGGGAUGUGACCUCACUUCUCUUCAGGUGGAUGUGGAGUAUAUGAUGGAACUUUUGGAUCCUUUACAGCUCCAAGGAGAAGGGGGCUAUUAUCUGACUACUUUGUUUGGAGCUUUGUAUCACAUAAGCACCUUCAAUACUGUAUCAAGACAGCUCAGCGUGGAGGCCCAGAAUUCUAUCCGCCAGUGGCAACGCAGAAGGACUAUUCACCACAAACAAGUGAAUAAGACAAUGUCAGAAAAAUAUGCAUCUCUGUUGGCCUCAGAUGGAGAAUAGCCUGGAAUUUGCUUUUACUUUGUAGAGUACCAAAAAGGGAACAUAUGUACUAUUAUUGUGACUGCGGUCAGGUUUCCUGUAAAAAAUUACUUCUUGUAUAUUUAGGAUUUAAAAAUAGGCUGUAUGAGGCUGUAUGUUUGUCGCUUAUGGGCUAAAAAAAAAAAAGCUCAAGUAGAUCUUUGCAGAAAUGAAUACUUUUCACUUCUACAAGACAAUAAAACGUCCUCUGUAUUUGUUUAUUAGGUUGGGCAAAGGAUGCCAAGAGUUGCAUGCCAACAGGUACCAAGUGCAGACCUGAAAUGGGUCUGUUAAACUCCAUGAGGGAAGACUGAACAGAUACUGUUUGGCUCUGAUUCAGCAGGGCAUCUGUUCAUAAAUCCACUGCUCAUCGGAACAAAUGCCGCCCUUGUGAAAGGGCCCUAACAGUUUAGAAGCAUCUGCUGUGUGUUUAGGCUGACAGGCUGCCAAGAUUCUGGAUAGGUAAACAAAUAACCGGUAAAGAGCUAAAUGUUUAGUGCACUUGGUGAACUUUGCAGAUACAUUUCCUCACAAUGCCUACAGCUACAGAGGUGAAUACGGGUUUGUGUUAGGGCACAUUCACACAAGCAAGCUGCACUGAACCCAUGGCUGCUGGUGUGUCCUGGGAAGAACCUGUCCAUUUACAUUAUUUACAUUAUUUAAAGUUAUUUAAAGUUUCUUUUUCUUACCACAUUAUAUAAAUGUCACAUUACAUAUGAGUGGGGUGGUGGAGCCUUUACAGUUCUUUUAUAAAAUAAAAAAUUACAUAUAUGCAGUCUUUCAUUAGCAUUUUAGCAGCAAUUUAUUUUUUUUCAAUUGUUUUGUAUUUUAUAAUCGGUUGAUCUUUUUUCACUUCCUGUAACUGGGUGUCAAUGCUGUUCGUUCUGCAAUGAAAUCAUAUGGCAAUGUUGUCAUCCUGUAGACGGAGUAGUCUUAGAUAAUCUUGUUGUUUUAAAUACUGUACAUUUUAAGUAAAAGACAAACAAAAAAUAAAGCCCAACUCCAAGGCAAGAGGACGUGUUACAGAAGAAAACAUCUUAGGGUAUCGUUCCUUAACCAUGGUGUCCUAAUAUUGUAAGAAGUUAGAGAUUUUGCUCACAGAACUGUCAUCAUUUUUGACCUUCCAAUGUAAUGUAUACUCUUAAGGUGUUAUAUAUUGUAAAUAAAUCCAAUUUAUCCGUUUUAUAGA